AUGUUCAAAAAAGCCCGGGUCCAUAGCAACAGUGCCGCGUUUGAUGAAACUGUUGAAGAUGGUUUCAUAACUGAUGAGAAAAACAAAUGGGGAUUAGAACUGCGAAAGUUUUUGCUGGAUAAGUAUUGCCUGGAAGGUUUGUCCGGCAGUGAUGUGGCUACCCUGUCCUACUACAUCACCCAAGCCGGUGGAGCUGGGGUUAGUGACUUAGCCCUUCGACCAGAGGUUGCGACAAAGCAUGGCAACGAACAUGUGAAAUUGCACGCAGGUAAAAUUUGGCCUGACCUGGAUCUGGCAUAUGUGGAUUGCCCCAUGUUUGUGAAAAGAGAGUCCCGUCGAAGUGUAGAGCAAGUACCUAUCUACCUCCCGUCAACUGCCUUCAACCAGUUUCUCACAGAAGAGAUGCUGAACUUCAGUACCCAUGACAGCCGAGCUGCCUUUGAGAAGAUUGUUGGGGGAUUGGACAACUACGACAAUCACCCUGUAGUUGCAGGUGCUAGAGCUGAAAAUUUUCAAUGGCCAGUGCGACCUGUUGCUCUUUACUGGGAUGGUGUGUCGUAUACCAACCACGAUUCAUUCAUGGGAUUCUACGUCACUGACAUCUUAUCUGGCCAAAAGUUCUUAUCAUUUCUUGUCCGUAGCGAUGACAUGUGCAAAUGUGGCUGCCGUGGCUGGGAUACUUUGUACCCACUUUUACUUGCAUGGGUGAAAGACUUGAAGUACUUAGAAGCUGGGUCCAAGCUACGAUGUGCGGUGCUAGACAUCCAAGGUGACUGGCCUGCUUUCUUGCAAAUCUUUGGGAUGAGAUACUGGAGUCACAAAACCCAUCCUUGCCCGCUAUGUCGAAUUAGUCAAAGUGAGAUUCAACAGCUCAACCUGGAUGCAAUCACUUUGGAUUCAAUACCCUACACUGCAUACUCUUCCAAUGACUACUUGAAUGAUGUGGACCAAAGCGUCAAGGUUGUAGAAAUCACUUCUGGCCUCGUGCAGAAGCAGAUCUUCAGGCUGCUUGUGUGCAAAGAGAAUCGUCGGGGGCGUGUUUUAUCCAAACCGUGUGCAUGUUUGGGGCUGCCACAAUGGGCACGAUUGAUGCCAACACCUACUAUGCCUGAUGUCGCUUCUUUUGAAUUUCUGACUGUACCUUUCAAGGCAUCAUUCUGGGUGUCUCCUUUAGAUUUCCGUUUGACUCAUGAUUGCCCGCUGAUGGAACUGAAAGGGGUUGGCUUGGAAAUGUGGUCUCUAGACCUCAUGCAUGGAUGGCACCUUGGACCUUUACAAUUAUUGGUCAGCCUGUCAUUGAACUUCUGCAUUGAUUCUGGUCUUUGGGCCCCCGACACUGGACUCGAUGCGGCUGACAGUAGAAAGAUCAGCCUGUUGGCCAUCAAAGCUGAACUAUUCAAUUUCUACAAGAUCAAGAGGAGUGACCCAGACUGGGUUGGAAAGAGCUCCGAAGUAUGGAAUUUGACAUUGGGAAUGUUGGGUUCAGAGGAUCACCCAUCCUUGGGUGCCAAAGCUGCUGAGAGCCACGGCCUGCUCGAAUUUGUGCACUGGCUUUUUGGAAUCCACCUGGAACGGUUUGACAAGUUGACCCCUGAGAAAAAACGGAAAGGAAAAUUUCUGUUGGAAGCAGCCAAAGCUGCCAUGGGGUUAGAUGAUGUUUUUCAAGCUGAGCAUCGAAAGAUGACUCGCAGUCAAGUGCAAAAAGCUUUCAAUUCCUACGUUCGAUUUCUGAGUUUCUAUGCCAAAGCGGGUGGAAACAUCACCCCAAAGUGUCACUUCAUGCUGCAUUUGAUCCAAAGAUCUUUGUUUAAGGGCAAUCCAAGAUUGUACACAACUUACAGGGAUGAGAGUUUUAAUGGGUUGCUUGCAAAAAUUGCAAGAUCAUGCCACCGGAGAACAUGGAUGAAUGCUAUUCACUGGAAAUGCCGUGAGUUGCAUUCCAAACAUCACCAAAAGGUGAUCAAACCCAACGCAUUUGACAAAAACCGUCGGUGA